AUGGAUGACCUGGCGCGUCCUGCGCUGUGCGAGAUCAACAACCGCGCCAACCAACGAUUAAGCGGAAACCACGCUUUCUCGCCCAAGAAGGGAAACGAACCCCCGACAACAGACGGGCAGUCCUCCUCUACUCAGCCUCUACCAAGAUGGGGUCAGCUCAGUGGCUUCAACCCGCACGCCAUGUCUGCUCAUGUCUCCCGCGCGGGAGCGGAACAACUAGGACGAGAAGGACUCUCGAGCAAGCCUAGAGAACCCGAUACCACAUGGGUGAAGCAGGAGCAUGCACUGUCCGCACGGGCUGAGGAAAAGACCUUCCAGCGCGGUGGCCCAGCUCACGAAUUAGACUCGCACCCCGGCAUUCGAGGGGAGCCCAGUGCACAAGACAUUGCACCUUUGCGCCUAAACAUGUCCGAUCUCUUCGACGGCCGCACUCCUGAGCAGCUCGAGAAGGGUGUUGAAAAGGGGAUGGAGCUGCUAGAAAAGAUCCAACGUACUCUGGGAGAAGUGGCAAGUCAAGAAGUGACUCGGUGGGCUGAGUCAAUUGAUAAGAUCCAAUCUCAAGCCGGUCGUUCGAGAACUGUCAUUGGUGUUGUUGGCGCGACGGGCGCAGGAAAAAGCUCUGUCAUCAAUGCGAUGCUCGAUGAAGAGCGGCUAGUUCCGACUAAUUGCAUGAGAGCUUGCACCGCUGUUGUAACAGAAAUCAGUUACAACUACCAAGAGGGUGCCCCGUUCAAAGCUGAGGUCGAGUUCAUUUCCAAGCAGGACUGGCGAAAGAUGCUCAAUGUUCUCUUCCAAGAUCUCCUCGACCAGUCGGGUCAAGUUUCCCGCGAGUGUACGAACGAAGACUCUGAAUCUGGUGUUGCCUAUGCCCAGGUCAAAGCGGUCUAUCCGCGGCUAACAAGAGAAGAAAUGACCGAAGUCCCUAUCGAUAAGCUGAUGGAGCACCCGAACGUCGCCUGUCUAGGCACCAAGCGCAGUAUUGAAUCAGAGGAUGCCAUGUCGUUCUAUAAGCAGCUGCAACGCUUUGUAGACAGCAAGGAGAAGACCACUGGGGUGAAAGAACGGGUUGAGAAGGAGAAAAAGCCGCGUGAGCAGGAGUAUUGGCCUCUAAUCCGGGUUGUCAAACUCUAUGUGAAGGCUCCUGCUCUAGCAACUGGUGCAGUGAUAGUCGAUCUUCCGGGUGUCCACGACAGCAAUCAGGCUCGCGCAGCGGUCGCUAAGGACUACAUGAAACAAUGCACCGGACUGUUAAUUGUUGCACCCAUCACAAGAGCAGUUGACGACAAAUCAGCAAAGACCCUGCUUGGCGACUCUUUCAAACGCCAAUUGAAGAUGGACGGUGGCUUGAGUUCGGUGACUUUCAUCUGCAGCAAGACAGACGACAUCUCGAUCACUGAGGCUCAGGAUUCUCUAGGCCUCGAGGAAGAGCUCGCGCCCAUGUGGGCAGAACUAGGAGACCUGGAAAAGAAGAAGGAUGCCAUGAAGAUACAGAUCAAACAGCUCCAAGACUCUAGGUCCGACGUAGAUGCGGCUAUGGAUUCCGCCGAAGAUGAGAUGGACACUUGGGAAAAGCUGCAAGAAAAGUUGAUUGGGGGUAAAAUUGUCUUCAGACCUCACGGGAAACGCCACAAGCGCAGGCUUUCAGAUGCAAGCAGUCCGGCGAGGAAAAAGCCCAAGUAUGCCGAGCCGGAUUCGGACGAUGACCUUACAAAUAGCAGCGAUGAGUGCGCCAGUAACGCACCAUCGAACUCCGCUUCCUCAAACACCAGUCACGAUCGAGGUGAGCCGCUUACUGAAGAUGAGAUCGCGGACAAGAUCACCGAGCUCCGAGGUGCCAGGAAGGAAUGGCGCCGAGAGAGGUCCAGGAUUGAUGAACAGAUCCAGAAAUUGCGGGCUCGGAUUCAAGAAGUGGGCAGGGAGUGCGAGGACAUCAACGCAAAGCUUUCAUGCAAGUGUAUUGCAGGUCGCAACGAGUAUUCACGAGGUGCCAUUCGCCAGGACUACGCAGCCGGCAUCCGCGAACUGGAUCAGGAGCUCGCUGAAGAAGAAGACGCUGCAAACUUCGACCCCGAAGUGGAUGCGCGCGACUAUGAUGAAGUGGCUCGAAACCUACCCGUCUUCUGCGUAUCUUCUCGCGCAUAUCAGAAGUUGAAGGGGAGACUCCGCAGAGACCGUACUCCUCCAGGCUUCCAACACAUCGAUGAGACAGAAGUGCCAGCGCUGCAAGCUCACUGCGUUCAGUUGACCGCCACUGCUCGUCAAGCGUGCGCCCGCAAGUUCCUCACGAGCAUGUUUCAGCUGCUAAAUUCCCUCCGUCUAUGGGCCUCGAAUGAUAGCACACCCAAGAAUCUCACAGAGGAGCAGAUGGGCCAAGAAGCUCAAAUGCUGAGAGAGAUGCUCAGUAACCUCGAUUCGGGGCUCGAAAAGGCAGGCGACGAUAUUGUCGAUAGACUUGUUGAUGAGCUUGAUGACAAAGUCUAUGACGCGUAUCCCCAUGCUACGACGGCUGCCCGAGCUCAGGCAGAUGAUAUUGUUCAGAAAUGGGGGUCGCCUGUCAAUCGGUCAGAUCGCGCUGCAGGAGGUCUCUAUUGGGCAACGUACAAAGCAGUGGUUCGCCGCGAUGGAUGCUUCACAAACGCCCAAGGCUGCCAUAAUUUCAACGCGCAGUUACUUGAACCACUAAUCCGCCACCUCGCGGGACCUUGGGAAUCAGUCUUUACUCGCAGGAUGCCGAUCAUCCUUAAUGGACUCUCAACGAACGUGGUUCACACCAUCACCGCUUUCCACAAUGAUGUUGCGCGCCGCGCAGUCCGCAAUGGUGCUUCGGUGGCUUCGUUCGAGAUGCUAAAGCAACAAAUACCCCUUUACCAGGAACGGUUGAAAGACAUAAUCAGCGACGCGAGAGCUUGGAUCAUCGAGCAGCAGCGCACCUUCAACCGCGAGUUUGAGCCUCUAAUUACUGAACAUAUGCAUGACGUCUAUGUCACUUGCGCCAACGAAUAUGGCCCAGGAUCCUACCGACGGAUGCGGGAUCACAUGGAGCGGUAUGUCGAGGAUGAGAAGACGUCCAUGUUUGAGAAAGCUGUCGACCACGUCCAUGGACUUAUCAAGAAUAUGAUCAAGGGACUGAGAGAAACUUUACGCAGCGGGCUUGAUGCCAUUUUCCUGGAUAUCCAGAGAGAGUAUUCUAGUGUGCUGAUCAGGCAAGAAGUCAAGCCUCUAGAUCGGCCAACCAUUCCUCGCAGAGUCCUGGAGAUUGUCAAUAGUGCUGAACAAGUUUUCAAGCAAGCCGUUGGCAUCAAACCUGGACCUGCAGUUCGUCCUCGAACUCAGACCAAAUAUCAGUCAGAACACGACGAGGCAUCUAUUACAGUCAAGCAAGAGCCCAGAGAGGACUUCACAUAG